UCCUGUCACGAAUUGUCAAAUUAUGGUAGAAUUUAGAAAAACCAUCGAUGUUCGUGACUUAUUUGGUAAAGUAAAAGCUGAAACUACAACGACAUAAUACCUACCCGUUUGCUUUGUACAAUGCAACAGUAUUAGCGGCAUGGCUCAGAAUUUGCAAAAGAAGCCCUCCAAGGGCAUACUGAAAACAUCACGCAGCGUGGACGUGCAGAGCAGCAGCGAUGGGGCUCCGUCGACAAGCAAGCGGGCGAAGGAGCAGCGAUUCGACGAGAUGAACAUAAUGGAGACGUUCCACCCGGUGAAUAAGGAUUACGGGCACAUGAAAGUGGACGAGCCGAAGACGCCGUAUUCUGAAACCGUUGACGGAGAUAUGGAGCCGGCAGAUGAGCUGGACGCGAACAUUUUGGCGGCGAAGCUGGCGGCUAGUAUGAACAAGCCACCUAAGUGCGUGGAGACCGACAGUGACGAUGACAUGGACGAGUCGGACGAGGCGCGGGAGCGCCGGCUCGAGUUUGAGAAGAAGAGGAAAAUGCAUUACAAUGAGUUCCAGGCAUUACAACUCGCUAGAAAGCUGCUAGCCCAGGAGGAAGAGGAAGACGAAGAGAAACAGACCACCUGACUGCCGUGCACACAUCCCCUCCGCCUCCGGGGCUGCGUGUGAAGGCUUGUACAGUCCACACUUAACUGACCAGCAUACCUUAUGAGUUACA